GGCAGAGCAAAACACACUGCCUGAAAUCUCUCCAGUCUGCUCAACGAAACGACGUCUCCUCUGUCGCUCUUCCCUCUGGAUUUCAAGUCUUAUUACCCCUUUAUUUCACCACCGUGGGCUACAGAGAGAAAAGAGUAAAAAGGAUGCAACCGCUGGGUCCUCUGAGAUGUUACUGAGCGAUGAGGAUGGGUCAGAGAAGGAAAUCCCGCCGGUGAACCACCCCCCAAAAGAAAAACCCCUCAGCUUCAUCCACUGACAGCGCCAUGCCCCGCCUGCCCUCCUGAUUUCCCUCCCACCACUCUACACCUUCCCUCCCAUCAUCCUCUCUCUUCAGUCAGCAUGGCGACUCCUUUCCUGUGGAAGCUGUCCUCUCAGAAACUGGGCUUCUUCCUGGUGAGCUUCGGCUUCAUCUGGGGCAUGAUGCUGCUGCACUUCACCAUCCAGCAGAGAGCCAGCCACGAGAACAGCGCCGUGCUGAGGCAGCAGAUCCUGGACCUGAGCAAGAGAUACAUCAAAGCGCUGGCCGAGGAGAACCAGAGCGUCAUGGACGGGCCCUACGUGGGAACCAUGACGGCUUAUGAUUUGAAGAAGACCCUUGCAGUGCUGCUGGAUAACAUCAUGCUGAGGCUCGGUAAGCUGGAGUCCAAGGUGGAAAACAUCUACAACAGCACGGGGAGCAACCUGACCAUCGGCACCGGCACCAUCGUACCCAGCGCCACUAACUCAGAAAAAGUUAACGUGGCAGACCUCCUCAAUGGAGCCCAGGAGAAGUGCGAGCUGCCGCCUAUGGAGGGUUUCCCACACUGCGAGGGCAAGGUCACGUGGAUGAAGGACAUGUGGCGCUCUGACUCCUGCUAUGGAAACUAUGGCGUUGAUGGAUCCACCUGCUCUUACUUCAUCUACCUGAGCGAGGUGGAGAACUGGUGUCCUCGCCUUCCCUGGAGGACAAAGACCCUGAAUGACGAAAUAGACAGGAGGGGACAGGCGGAGGUGCGGACCAGUUUCGAGGAGCUUUACCGCGUCAUGUCUGCGCGUGAGGAGUUUCGCUGGAUGAUGCUGAGGAUCAAACGCAUGGCCGAUCCGUGGGUCAGCGCCAUUCGCUCGUUGGCCAGCAAGCAGAACCUGGUCCCGCGCCGCAGGAAGAAGGUCCUGGUGCAUUUGGGCCUGCUGACCAAGGAGUCGGGCUUCAAAAUCGCCGAAAACGCGUUCAGCGGAGGCCCGUUGGGGGAGCUGGUGCAGUGGAGCGACCUGAUCACCACGCUGUAUCUUCUGGGACACGACGUCCGCAUCUCCGCCUCUCUGGCCGAGCUCAAAGAGAUUAUGCGCAAGGUCAUGGGGAACAAGUCCAGCUGCCCGACCCAGGGUGAUAAGGUGGUGGAGCUGAUCUACAUCGACAUCGUGGGCCUCACGCAGUUUAAGAAGACACUGGGGCCGUCCUGGGUGCAUUACCAGUGCAUGCUGCGGGUGUUGGAUUCUUUCGGGACAGAACCAGAGUUUAACCACGCCCACUACGCCCAGGCCAAGGGUCACAAGACACCGUGGGGGAAGUGGAACUUGAACCCACAGCAGUUCAACACCAUGUUUCCUCACACCCCUGACAACAGUUUCCUGGGCUUCGUGGUGGAGCAGCACCUCAACGCCAGCGACAUCCGGCACAUCGACGACGUCAAAAGACACAACCAGUCGCUGGUUUACGGCAAAGUGGACAACUUCUGGAAGGAUAAAAAGAAAUACCUGGACAACAUCCACAGCUACAUGGAGGUCCACGGCACCGUGCACGGCACCAGCACCGUGCACCUGCCCAGCUACGUCAAGAACCACGGCAUCCUGAGCGGCCGAGACCUGCAGUUCCUCCUCCGGGAAUCUAAGUUGUUUGUGGGUCUCUCCUUCCCCUACGAGGGUCCCGCCCCCCUGGAGGCCAUCGCCAACGGCUGCGCUUUCCUGAACCCCAAAUUCACGCCUGCGAAGAGCAGCAAGAACACAGACUUCUUCAAGGGCAAACCCACGCUGAGAGAGCUGACCUCCCAACAUCCGUACGCUGAGGUGUACGUCGGUCAGCCCCACGUCUGGACGGUGGAUAUCGAAAACCCUGUCGAGGUGGAGAACGCCAUCCGCUCCAUCCUCAGCCAGAAGAUCGAACCCUACCUGCCCUAUGAGUUCACCUGUGAGGGGAUGCUGCAGAGAGUCAACGCCUUCAUCCAGAACCAGGACUUCUGCCACGGCCAGGUGAUGUGGCCCCCCCUCAGCGCGCUGCAGGUGAAGCUGGCAGAGCCGGGUCGAUCCUGUAAGCAGAUCUGUCAGGAGGAGCAGCUCAUCUGUGAGCCCUCCUUCUUCCAGCACCUCAACAAGGACACGGACCUCGCCAGGUUCGGGUUGGACUGUCAGACGGUGGAGUCGAGUGCGGACACGUUGGUCCCGGCGUACAGCAAGAAGCGGCGUCACUGCAUCUUCCAGUCCGACCUGUUGCUGUUCAGCUGCGCCGGCGCUCACAGCUCGCUGCACCGCAUCUGCCCCUGCCGCGACUACAUGAAGGGCCAGGUGGCGCUGUGCAAAACAUGCCUAUAGCACCAACACACACUCUGACGGAGGGGGAGAGGGGGCAGCUUGUGAGUGUGUGUGUUUCAAACAUCCAUCAAACACACACACCAGACUUUUAUUUUGUGGGAAGCUAACUGAGCAUUCAUCAUAUUUAUUGUUUCCCGCGCUGCUGGGAGCGAAGCAGCCGAUUCCCCGAGUCCUGGAGGAGGCGCUGUGAAAAUACUUGAAUCAAGAAAGGGAGUUUUAUUACUGCUCCUCUGCAGACGGCACAUAUCAGAGACAGCUGCCUGUCUGUCUGCAGCGAGGACGCUCCAACCCCUCCAUAAACCCCCCAAACUCUUUACUCUUUAGGUAGGUUUGCACUGGACAGCAUGCCUGAAGGCCCAAAUCCCCUCCACACACACACAUUUACACACACACACACUGACAUGGGGAGGCUAACAGACGGCGGCUAAAGAAGAACCAGUUUUACACUGUAACCUCUUCUGGAUAAAAACGUGAUUUAUUGUAGAUAUCUAGAUUUUUAUCCUGGAGGUUUUAUUUCCUUACGCAUACCCCAAGACUGAAAAGAAGUCCCUUUAUAGACAGGAACGUGUGUGUCAGCUAGGGCUGGGCGACAAUAUUGUAGGGUGGCUUUCACAGAAUGAAUGACUAGGUAAAUAAUACAACAGCCUCAACAGUGGGGUCAAUUCACAAAUGUGCAUCAUCUUAGCCUUUAAAACCAGGAAAAGACAACACCCAAAAUAUAAGACAAUAGUUGGUAUUUAUCUCAAUAAAAUGUGGAUGUAUCGCCCAGCCCGAGGGUCUGACACAGGCGCGGUCGCCCCCUCGAUUUGAAUAGUCUCUCAUUUAAUUUGCACACUUGUUUUAAAGGAUAUCGUUUUAUUUAAAAGUGUGUGUGUGCUUCUAAGAGGCCAGUAAUAUUUCAGCACAUCAUGCGGUACUACACACACACACACACACACACCGAGGGAUGAGGAUUCUCUAGAGCGGAAGCUGACGUGUUUAUGGUGUUUAGUCGUAGAUGAGGAAUCAACCAAAUGUUUAACAAACACUCCACAACUUGCAGAGGAAUCUGUCAGUGUCUGAAUGUGCAACAGCAGAGCCACGCUCAUCUCCAUCUUCCUGUGAAAUCAAAAACACGCCAACGCAAAAAACCUCGCAUCUCCUCGUUUCUGUUCGCUAGGAUCCCAAUUCGCCUUGUGCAGAUUUGCGAAGAAAAAAUUAAGAUAAAAGUCCAAAUUGGUAGUUGUUGUGGUGAAUGGAAACAUAUGCACUACGGUAGUCUAUUGGCAGAGGUUUAGCGAGAUAUUAGUAACACUGUAUAUUGUUCAUAUGGGUUUGCUUUUUUAUUUAUUUUGUAUACAGAUCUUUAUCGCUGUGUUUUGCUGGAAAUCUCAGUUUUUUUUAUUUAUAGGAGGUCGGUGACGUUCUUUUUUCUUUUUAUAGUUUUUUAUUUAUGGAGAGUAAUUUAAAAGUAAAGCUUGCUUAUCUGCAAGUCUAUGUUCGAGACGAGGGGGGCUUUGUCCGCUGCUGCUCAGAUUUAAAACUCAAUUCUAAGAUAUGGGAUAUUUCUUUUACAUUUUCUAUACAAAUACAAAUUCAACAAGCUUGUCGAUGAGGCUGGUUAUUUCAUCAUUGAUUUUGUGUGUUUUAAAGAAAAUGUUAAUGAUAUUUUAUUCCUUAAAGUGUUCUAAAAACUUGCAUUAGGGUUGGUUUUAAAUCCAAGUCUAAAAUAGGGCUGAAAAAAACAAAUUACUAUCAUUUUGGGGGAUAUUGCGAUAUAUAUAUUAGGAUCUGAACCAAACGAGGACUUUUUAUUAAGUCUGUUUAAAACCAGGACUUUUUUGCAAAACCAUAAAACUACAAUCAGAUAUUUUCAAAUGGUUUGACUUUACAGAGUAUUGCACUUACUGCGAUUUAGCAAGUAUGUGUGUUAAUGUGCAUUAAGCUGGCCUGCAGUGGACAAACGCUCCUGGUUGUAUCGUGACGGCAGCCUCACACAAUUUGUGCUUUGAUUUCCAAUCUCAGUUUUUCUUGUUUGCACACGAGUGGAUUCAGUCUGUGUGCGCUCGGACUGAAUCCACUUCUGUUUUUUUUUACUUUUAUAAACAGGUCAGUGAUCUGCCGCCAACUUUUCAAAGAACAUGACGUGCCUUUUCAUGCUUCAGUUUCUGUUUGAUGAUCAGCGGCUGUCAGAAAAAGAAAACACACACACACUCGUGACGCAGCCUUCAGUCCCACAUCUCCACAGAUUUUCUUUCUCCUGAAUCACUUUUCUUGUUCACUUUGAAUUAUUUUGUAUCUAAUCUUAAUAUAUUACUGGUAAAAUCACCGAAUUGAAUCAGCCCAAACCUUGUGAUUAGUUAGUUGCUGGAAAAGUAAAUAACACCAGUGUUUAUUAAGCUUAGAAAACAUUCAAGCCUAUCAGUGGAUUGACAUGUUUGACAGUAAUCAGAUGACAUGACAGUUAUUUGAAACACAUCUGUUGGAUUCCCUUUUUCCUAUUUAAUGUAUCAUUUUCCUACAUGACCAUGCGUAAACUAGUGAGUAAUCAGAUUACUGCAGCAAGUGUUUCAUCAUAAACUGAUUACUUUAUGCACGUGACUUCCUUCAGAUAACAACAGUGAUGUUAUCCUUUCAUUUACAGGAUAAAGCUUAAUAUAUACUUUAUUUACUGUCAACAAAUCCAUGUUAUGGCCCAAAACCAGCUCUGUCUGUGGGUUUGCUGACAAUAAGAGAAUAUAAGCAGAGUAAGGAUGGUUGAAUUCAGUACAUACUAUGAGUUGAAAUCAAUGGUUUUAGUUAUUUUUACAAGAAAAAAAGCAAGAAAAGCCGGGUACACGUUUGUUGUUGCAGCCUUAUUUACUUUCUGUUAGUCAAAGCAUGCUGUUAUUGAUCAGAUUAUCAAUGAGAACAAACUGGUUUCUUCACCAUAUCUGUCUUUGUUAACCUCGGCAUUGAAUGUCUCCAUUGUAAACAAACAAACAAACAUGCUACGUCAAGUCAAACGGACAUUUAUCAAUCUUUGUUUAUGAAUCUGUGAUGAUUGUGGUUCAAGCAGCGAACGGAGAAUAAUUCAAUGACACAUUUUUUUGUUUUGACGAGUAAGAGGGAUAUAACUUUAUUUUUAAAUAAACCUUUUUUCUGUGACAAAAGG